ACUUUGCACUACAGCUAAGUAGCUUGAGAGACAAGAGAGAAAGAGAGAGAUUGAGUAGGAUGGUGAGAACUCCUAGCUAUGACAAAAAUGGAAGGAAAAAAGGUGCAUGGAGUCCGGAAGAAGAUGAGAAGCUGAAAGCUUAUAUUCAGAGAUAUGGCCACUGGAACUGGCGUGAACUUCCUAGGUUUGCAGGCACGUUUACAUAUAUAUAAGAACCAUUUUCUCUUCUUCUUCUUCUUCUAAUCCUUUAUUCUUCAAAAGCUUGCCCAGAUCCGAGUGAAAUUGCAUGCGUACACCCAUCAAUGUGUCCUGAAUGAUAGAUUUGCUUUGAGCAUCCUUUGAUUCGCUUCACUUAUCGCUGAUUUUCUGCAUCAUCUUCAUCAGCAGCAGCAGCGCUUGACAUUAAACUGCAAUUUUCUAUUUUUACCAGCAGAAGGAACUAAUGAUGUCUAUAAAUUUGUUAUUCCACUACGUGGAGAACACACUUCACCUCCACUACGUGAAAGAACACACUUCACCGAAUCGCCAUCGCCAUCUUCUUCUUUAAUAUACAAUCACAAUCUUCAUCACAAAACUGAACUGGAAGUGACUUGAGUGUUCCAUACAUAUGGAUCCGAUUCUAGGGUCUUCUGUUCGAUUUCUAGUUCUCACUUCACAAUUUCUCUCCUCAUAAUCACUUAAUCCUGUGGCUACACGACAGACGGCAUAUGUUUCUGCAGGAAGAUUUUAUGUGUUCAAUGUUAUAAAAGUGACCUUUUGUGAGUGUCAGUCUUAGACAUUGGCCAGUAAGGACAAUUGGGCACUACCUUCAUUGAAAUGUGCCAUAUUAUAUAUAUUGUUUAGCGCUGCUGUCCUCUAAUUCUUAGCUGUGAGCCCAUAAUGCUCAGUAGAAGCUGAACAUGGCCUGGGGAGCAUUUUAAUCCAUGGAAGACCAUGCAAGCCACCAUUUGUGUGUCAUUCUACUAGACUGAAGAACAUACAGGUUGACAUAUCAUUCAGAGGGUGGGAUUCGCAAUUGCAACUCUAGCCCUACGGGAUGCUGCGUUUUCUAAAGUUCCGCAUGCAUAAUUUUAUACAUCCUGGAAGCAUACGUAUUUGGAUUUUGAUGCUGUUUUAGCUUUGUAAGAAAUGGAAGGGACAUUCAGUAAAAUAUGGGUCUACAAAGAUGUGGAAAGAGCUGCAGGCUGCGAUGGAUGAAUUAUUUGCGCCCUGAUGUGAAACAUGGAAACUAUAGCGAAGAAGAAGAGGAUAUCAUCAUUGAACUGCAUGAAAAGCUUGGGAACAAAUGGUCGAUAAUUGCAUCCAAAUUACCAGGAAGAACAGAUAAUGAAAUAAAAAAUCAUUGGCACAGCCACUUAAAGAAACGUGUGAAAAGAAAGUCGAGAACUUCAGAAGUGAAAGAGGAAUCCACUAGUGCUUCCCAAUGCAAAACCAAGCAGAAGACUAUGCUAGAACCAGAUUAUGUUUAUGAAGAUGCUCCAUCACUUGAACUUUCUAUAGGAAGCUCCCAAUUAUCAUUGGAAAUACCAUAUUCAUCCCUUGAAUUCUCCUCAGUCUAUGAUUCUAGAGUUGGAACAAGCAUACCUUCAACUGUAGAUAGUAGUGCUCCAUCUUCAGAAAUGCUUAUAGUGACCGGUGGAGAUUUUUGGACGGAACCAUUUGUAGAAGACAUAUCAGAUAAGAACAAUGAUUUUCUAUCACCUUUGGCUGAGAGUGGAUUAACACCUCUAUAUGCUUUUCCUUGCGAUGAUUUUGUAGACUUGUUCAACUUCAACCAGUGGAUGCAAGAGCUACCAAAAUGCUAACUAGAAGGUCUAAUAGUGUACUAGAUAUAUAUGUUCUAAUUAGCUAGUGUUUAAUUAUGUUCAUAUAUUUAAACACAUACCAUAUCGAUCGAGGAAUGAAGUGCAACUGCAAUGAAUAAUGAUGCUAUUCAUUUAUACUUCA